GUAUUUGCAAAUUCCCUAAGUGUUUGGUCCCAUUUCUCGGUAGUUAAGCGGAUCUGAAAGGUACCCAGAAGAUAAUUAUUUUUUUUUGAAAUUUUGGGUUACAAGGAACUUCAAUUUGAUUGAUUGAGAAUUCAAAAGUGUCCCAAUUUAGUAUUUGACCUUUGGCGUCUUCUUUACUAUUCGGGUUAUAGACAAAUGGUUUAGCUUCUCUUGGACGUUGUAAUAUGGUUGGGAACGGGGAGUGAAGUCUAAGCGAAGCUUGAGAGUGACCAGAAACCCCAACCCCUUUCUUUUCUUCAACAGUUGAUGUUUAACAAAAAAUUGAUCUCGCAAGCCUGACAUUGCUAUUGGGUUAUGGGUUUUAAGCACUUCUGGGUUUCAAAUCCUCCAGGUUUCAAUUGAAGUCGCUCAGGAAAGUCUCGGAUUCAGAUGGACCGGCGAAAUUGGCUGUGGCGGAAGAAAUCUUCUGAUAAGAGUUCCGGUGAAACUGAAAGCUCAGAGUCUGUAUCAUCUCAUUCUGAAAGAUUCUACGAUGAUCAGGCAUAUCCAAACCAUCAUACUCAAUCACCAGAAGUCACAUCCAAAGCUGCACCUGGUGAUGAUGAACUCCAUGGUUCUGUGAAGACUUUAACUGAGAAACUAUCAGCGGCUCUUCUCAACAUCAAGGUCAAGGAAGACUUGGUAAAACAACAUGCAAAAGUUACAGAGGAAGCUGUCUCAGGAUGGGAAAAGGCUGAAAGUGAAGUGUUAGCUUUGAAGCAGCAACUCAAAGCUGCGGGUCAGAAGAAUUCGGCCCUUGAAGAUCGGGUUGGACAUCUUGAUGGAGCUCUCAAGGAGUGUGUUCGACAGCUCAGACAAGCUAGAGAAGAGCAAGACCAGAAGAUCAGUGAUGCCAUUGCCAAGAAAACCCGUGAAUGGGAAGUUACAAAGUCUGAAUUUGAGAGUCAGCUUCUUGAGCUCCAGUCUCAACUCCAAGCAACUAAAGCUGAAGCUCUUACCUCUGUUAAUCCUGAUCUCGGCCCUAAACUUGAUGCUGUAGAGAAAGAAAAUUCAGCUCUCAAGCAUGAACUUCUUUCUAGGGUUGAGGAGCUAGAGAUUAGGAUUAUUGAGAGGGAUUUGAGCACCCAAGCUGCUGAAACAGCUAGCAAACAACAUCUGGAGAGCAUAAAGAAAGUGGCCAAGCUUGAAGCAGAGUGCCGUAGGUUAAAAGCCAUGAAUCGCAAAGCAUCAACCACUAAUGAUUACAGGUCUGUUACUGCCUCAUCGGUUUAUGUUGAUUCAUUCACAGAUAGCCAAUCAGACAAUGGGGAAAGGCUACUCGCAGUUGAGAAUGACAGCAGAAAAAUUGGUGGUUUGGAGCAGAGUGAGAGUCAGCCUGGCCAUUCUGACUCAUGGGCAUCUGCCUCAAUUGCGGAGUUUGAUCAAUUUAAGAGUGAUAAGGUGCUUGGAAGAGAUGUUAUGGUCCCUUCAGUUGAGAUAGAUCUCAUGGAUGAUUUCCUUGAAAUGGAAAGGCUUGCAGCAUUACCAGAGACAGAAAGUGGAAGCUAUUGGCCCAACCCAGGAGCCUCAUUGGAUCAACCUGAUGAUGGGAAAAGCUCUUUAAAAGCUGAACUUGAAGCAGCAAGUAGUAGGACAUCUGAACUGGAGCAUGAGUUAGAGAAGAAGGAAAUGGAAAAAAUGGAACUAGAGAUUGCUCUAACUGAAUGUCAAGAUCAGGUCAAUACAUUGAGAAAUCAAUUAAUGGAAGUAGAGAUGAAGCUAGUUGAACUUCAAACUCAGUUAGCAAUGGCCCAUGAGGCAAGGAUUGCAGCUGAAACAGAACUUGAUACUUCCAACGCAAAAAGAGAAUUGUCAGAGUCACACUUAAAAGUCACUGAAACUGAGUUGAAAACAUUGCUUUCAAAAGUUGGUUCCUUGGAACAAGAGCUUCAAAAGGAGCAGGUUUUGUCAGCGGAAGCUGUUACCAAAUCUAAGAAAUUGGAAGAUGAGAUUUUGAGAAUGAAACAUGAAGUUCAGACCCAAAAGGCAGCAAUCUUAAAUGGAGAUUUGAAAAUAAAGCAGGAGAAGGAACUAGCAGUGGCCACCAGUAAAUUUUCAGAAUGCCAGAAAACAAUCGCCUCUCUUGGCCGCCAGUUGAAAUCCCUUGCAACACUGGAGGACCUCCUAACUGGCACAGAGAAAACACUGGAGCUUCAUAAAGAAGGAUCGCAAUGUACCGAAGACAGUCCUGCAACAUGGAAAUUGCAUCCCGGUGACUUGCAUUUGCAGGAAAUGGAUUCUCAAGCUCCAAGAAACAUGGUCAGUUCUGCCAAUCAAUCAGAAAAUGGUAACGAUGUUGAUUAUUUGCUGUCAGGAAGCCCCGUGAUUACUGUUGAAAAGAGCCAAAGCGGGUUUGGAAAGUUGUUCCCUCGGAUUAAGCAGGCAACAGGAUGAAAAUCAGUGAGGACAAAGCGGUUUUGGGCUUGGGAAUUGUACAGCAGAAGUCUUGAUUUGAGCUUGUUAGCAAUGCCAGAUUUUAUGUAAUGAGAAUUAAUCAUUGUCCGUGGACAUAAUGUUGAUGAUAGGUUCCCAUUUCUGGGUGCUGGUAAAGAGUGUAAAUUUAUGUAUUAGUGGUUCCAAUAAACAAUCUCUUUCUAUGGUUGAACACUGUACAGAACUUUAAGAAGAUUUUGCUCAUUUGUGCUUCC